UCAAAGAUCUGCGACUUGUCUCUCUCUCUUUCGCGAGUUAGAGGCAUUAUGACGGAAGAAGUAAUCGACCAAUCACCACCACCACCUGACCCAGACCCGAUUCAAAAUUCGAAUCCACUAAUCCACCCGAGGCGGGUGCCAUUCGAACACGGCCUCCUCCCAAUCCCGAAUCUCCUUUUCGCCGACCCGAUCCAAACCUUAGCUCCGAUCAAGCAGAAGCUAGCAUCCUCCGCGACGAACAACCGCGUCGGAUCUCCCGCCGUCUCCGAAGCGCUCUCGAUCUCCUCUGACCAUGCGCGCCUCGUCCUCGAAACUCUCGCCUCGGUGCUACACUCGGAGACUGAUCCUCUUGUUGUGGCUAAGCCAGAGGAGGUUGAUUCGAUCGGAGCUGAUGUGAGGGAUCUGGUUUUGUUUAUGUACGUUCAGUCGUAUAAGAAGCUGAUGCCGAGGACGCAUAAGGACUCUGCGGCUGUGGCGGAUGUCUGGCCUUCGGCGUCUGCUUUCGAUGGUUACUUGUCCGCCUUAUCCCCGAUUCAGCUUGUUCGGAGCAACAGCCGUCGGUUUAUGCCAUCGCCAGCAGAUGAAGAAGCUCAUCAGUUGUCGUAUUUGCAAAAGCAUAUAGCAAAUAUUAUUUCUCUCCUUGCAGAUCCUGUAGAGGGACAAGGAGAUGAAUCUUCGGUCCUGUCUUUGGAGAGUUUUGAGCACAUUGGGUUUCUUCUUCAUUUUGGUGAUAAGGGAUCUGAUGUACCUUCUUUCAGUCAAGCUACUCCUUUCUUUAAGAACUCUAACCCUGAUAUCCCCGCUGUUCUGGUUCCUGCUUCCGAAGUGCAUGAUUGGCUUCUGAAAAAGAUAGCUUCCGCCAUGGAAAGCAUUUCUGACAGAAUUUCUGGGAAAGAAAAUGGACCUUCUAAUGCCUCUGGUCAAGAAGCUGCAACCGUAGUUACCUGUGAAGCUCUUAAUAAAGUUCCAUCUAAUGAUAGAGGUCCUUGUAUCAUCGAAGGAGUCUCCAAGACUUCGCUUUUCAAGCAGGCUUCUGAUCUAAAGGGUAGAUCUGUGAAGGUUGCCAAUUGCCAUGAUUCUGUCAUUUAUCUUUUAGCGCCAUUGAGGUAUGCAACUGUGUAUGGAUGUUCUGAUUCUACUAUCGUUCUGGGAGCUGCCGGCAAGGCAGUAAGAGUUGAGCAUUGUGAGAGAGUUCAUGUGAUUGCAGCUACCAAACGAAUCUGCAUCGCCAAUUGCCGAGAAUGUGUGUUCUAUUUGGGAGUCAAUCAUCGACCUCUUAUUGUUGGUGAUAACCACAAACUACAGGUGGCUCCAUAUAAUACGUUUUACUCACACUUGGAGGAGCACAUGACCGAGGUAGGGAUUGUGCCAACUAUCAACAGAUGGAAUGAAUCUUUGGCACUUGGAGCAGUCGAUCCGCAUGACUCACUGUCGCAUCCUACGGGUGCCUCUGAUAAACAAUCUGAAUCGGCUUCUUGUGUGGACCCUAACCAGUUCACUAACUUUUUGAUCCCAAACUGGUUUGUAGGAGAGGCGCUUGGUUCCACGAAAGACAAUCCAUUUCCAUUACCAGAUGCGUAUAUGGCAGUACAACAGACAAGCCUUAAGAACUUGGAAGAAACAAGACAAUCCUUAAGAGAAACUCCUCUUGAAGAUAACCGAAAACGAGAACUUACAACAGCGUUCCACAUGCAUUUCAAAGACUGGCUUUACGCAACGGGAAAUAUCCGGCAACUUUACUGCUUGCAAGGUGAUUAAUGAUGAAUGGUGAUGGAGGAAGAUGUCUCAGUCACUGUAGAGUUCUCUUGAUCCGUUCUUCUUCAGAGAUUGCUAGCUCGUAUGACAUCAGAAAUUAACUGCACAGCAAGUUCUCUAACUCUAAAAGCUCUCCCUUCUCUUUUUGUAUGUUUUUUUCUGCUCAUUUGAUCAUAACAACAUGCAAUCUUGUCUUUUUUUAAAUGUUAAUUUCCUUUAAUUGUUAUACACAGAUAACAAGUUUCUCAAUACCAAUAUAUAUUUGAGUACCCUCCUUCAGUUUCA